GACUUUACGCACUGUACAACACUGUUUGUUUUGUGUGACGUCAAUUUUGCUCCGUUUAAGUUGAUUUUGAAAUUUUGAAAAACUUCGUUUUGCCCACAAAUGUUUUGCGCUGUGGAAGAUUGCGCAAACCCAAAAUCGAAAAAUCGCUACUUUCCAUUUCCAAAAGAUGCCAAGCUAUGUGAAAAGUGGACGCUUUUCUGCCGGCGCACCGAUACGAUAAAUACCAAGCUGGAGAAGAUCUGUGUGAAGCACUUCCAGGCGGACGACUUUGAAAGAGAUUUGCCCUACGAGCUGGGCGUAUACAGCAAGCCACGCCCAUUAAAACUAAAGCCGAACUCGGUGCCCAGCGUACAUAACGAGCAGGAGGCGGAGUACCUAGAGAUCGGUUACGUUGAGGAGCAGAAAGCGUUUAGCCAUGGCCUAGAAUUGAAGAAAUCGCGCCAAGCAAGAACUGUGGCACAACGUAAACAAGUUGUGGAUGCGCUUAUAACGGAAUAUGAUGAACUGCAGCAUCAGCUGGAGCAUGAUGAGGAGGACGAUCUGGAAGAGGAGGUUGUGCAGGUGGUGGUCGACGCCGAGGCCUAUCUCACAGCUCUAGAGAGCGAAAACACAAAUCUGAGGCGUGAGAACUUUAAAAUGAAGCUUGCCGCAGCAAAAGAUGCGGCAACAAUAGACAAGCUGCAAAAGCAACUGGACAAAUGCAAGGAGCGCCAUAACGAAUUGCUGGACAAUCUAAGUAGCACCUGCUCCAAGGCACAAAUCCAGAAACUGCAAAGCGGCAAACGCGUUGUCUGCCCAAAGCGAAAUCUGCGCGACUCCCGUCUGCUCUAUGCAGCCAGUCCAAGUGCCUACCAAAGAAACUAUUCCUUGCCCUCCAGGAGAACGCUGCAGCAUUGGGAGGCCAUGCAGCGUGUUCGGCAGCACAGCUGCAACGGCACGCCAGCUCAAAUCGAGCAGCAGCUGCAACAGCAGAACACCUGCCAGCCAAUACAAGUUGUAGACAUAACGCAUAUGGAUCAUAACUAUGUUAACAAUACAAUGGCAGAGCUUUAAUUAUGUGUGGCAUUAUUAUAGUAGCAUAUUUAUAAGUUAAACAUUUGAUUAGCGACCGUAUUUAUGUGCUUAUGAUUAUGAUUUAUAAUUAGUUAAUGCGAUUAAGAACCUUUGAUUUUGAUUAACUAAACACAAAUUAAAAUUUGUCAGUUGAUUAUAAGAAAUAGUUUUUAGAAAACAAUCCGUACAUUUGAUUUUGAUAAUAAUGCAUUUAUUUAAAGAAUAUUAAUUUGAACUAAAACUAAAAAUUUAUACUGUGCCGCACAAACGCAGACCAUAUAUAAUAAACUUGGCAAUUGGACUAUUCCCACGUA